AUGUGGUGGCUACUGCUGGCCCUGCUCUGCCUCCAGCUUGGGGAGGGGGCUAUGAGAAUCAUCCUGAAGAAAGGCAGAUCCCUGAGGGAGGUGAUGAGAGAGAAGGGGGUGCCAGAAGGCUUCCUGCAGGACCUCAGGGGGGAUCCUGGCAGGAAGUACCUGCCCAGUGACUCUGUGGCUUAUGAACCCCUAACCAACUACCUGGAUUCCUUCUACUUCGGGGAGAUCAGCAUCGGGACCCCCCCGCAGCAGUUCCUGGUGCUGUUUGACACUGGCUCCUCCAACCUCUGGGUGCCCUCCACCUACUGCCAGACCCCAGCCUGUGCAAAUCAUACCAGGUUCAACAGGAGCCUGUCCUCCACCUUCUCAAGCAUUGGUGGGACCUACACCCUGAGAUACGGCUUUGGUGAUGUCUGGGUGGCCUUGGGGUACGACACGGUGGCAAUCCAGAACAUUGUCGUCAGGAACCAGGAGUUUGGCCUGAGCUUGGAUGAGCCCACCAGACCCUUCUACUACCUGGACUUUGAUGGGAUUUUGGGCAUGGCUUACCCAGGUGUUGGCAUCAGUGGCUACAAAACACUGCUGCAGAACAUGCUGCAGCAGAACCAGCUGCAGGAACCCAUCUUCAGCUUCUACUACUCACGCAACCCAACGUACAGUUACGGUGGGGAAGUCAUCCUCGGAGGCACUGACCCCCAGUUGUACUCUGGAGAGAUUUUGUGGGCUCCUGUGGUCCAGGAGUUGUACUGGAAGAUCAGCAUUGAGGAGUUCUCCAUUGGAUCCUCAGCCACUGAAUGGUGCAGCCAAGGCUGUCAUGGCAUUGUGGACACUGGGACAUUCCUGCUGACCGUCCCAGGACAAUUCCUGUCAGCCUUCCUGCAGGCUCUGGGUGCAGAGGAAAGUGACUAUGGGUUUGUCAUCGACUGCAGCGAUGUCCCCAGCCUGCCCACCCUCUACUUUGCCAUCAGUGGGGCCCAGUUGCCACUGCCUCCCUCUGUCUAUGUCUUACAGAAUGAUGGCAUCUGCACUGUUGGGGUGGAGGGCACCUAUGUGCCCUCUGCCAGCGGCCAGCCCCUCUGGAUCCUUGGCAACCUCUUCCUCCGCCAGUAUUACUCCAUCUUCGACAUGGCCAACAACAGAGUUGGCUUUGCCCUGUCAGCUUAG